CGCCGGCUCGCUGAUGGUAAGCGGAAAUGUAAACAAACGCGCCCGAAUGUUUGCCCAAGUAUUAACGCAGCAGGCGAGUACGGGCCUCAGAACAAGCUCGGUAGAGAUUCUGCGAGAGUGAUGAUUUGACGCUUUUUGACACCGCGCAGCGCUGCGAUGGGGUUCGGGAAUGGGUUACAACCCCGGAGGGAAUCCCAAACCAGGCAGGAAGCCAUUGCGCACCCCCCGUCAUGCCGCUUAAGCCUUUCGAAUCGCUCGACGGAAAGGUUUCGCACACACGACGCAGGCGAGGAACGAACGCACCGGACCGACAACAGCCCCUGAAGCGGGAAUGAUGGCAACUCGUCGUCGUCGUUGCUGCCGCCACAUCGCCAACAACGGUCAAGUUAAAGGGCUUUCAGCUCCUGCACCGGUGACCUACUCGCCGAUGAUGGCGCUGAAAAGCUGAACGAGCCGAGACGCAGGAGAACGCAUGCAGAAGGAAACGACCGACGCGGGAUGAUAUUUCUACCAUUUGCUCACACACACACAGAGCUUUUGAUUGUGAAAGUUUGUCACAAUCAUUCAAAACAUGGGCUGGCUGCCACGGUGAGCUGGCCCAGCGCCCUUCCUGCACUGUACCGCAGCAGCAUGAAAUCAGAAGCCGCCACAGCAACGGCAACUUUUGCAACGUCUGCAAUUAUCCGCAAGCACGCCGGGCUGACUCCGGGCCGUUCUCCAGUGCAGCAGGUCCGUUUGGUAAAGGUUUCUGUACCCAUUGCUUCCAGGCCAGGCUUCUUCUCCCGGCAGCACCCACAGACCCUCGCUCUAGUUCAGGUUUCACCGAGCAAUGUUUGCCUCUUUUCUCUCUCUCUCUCUUCUUUCAGUAUGCAUGCGUGUGUGUGUGUGAUGCAGUUGUCGUUCGAGUUGAGCUGGCACGGUGGAACUUCUACCGGCACGAUGCGUGCAUCAUAAGCGACCGCGCAUACGCCCGGUAGCAUGGUGUGGAGGACAACGCUUCGGUGGCUCUGCUCCACCUGGAGGGCGUCACACGCACACACGCAUAGCGCCAACCGAUGUACCGAUGCUGGCGAAUUAUCAUAUCGCAGGCAAUGGCAUGGGGGUCAUCUGUUCCAACGCGCCAGCAAGAUGACGGGGAAGGUUAAUUCGCCUUUCACCAGCGCGUCAUACACGCACUCUUUUCGAUCUCGAUUGUGUGACCGCGAAGGAAUUGGACAUGGAUGUGUAUGUGUGUGUGUUCUUAGGCACGGGAAUGAUGGAUUGUGCGGCUGGUCUGGCCAGAAGUCGGAGGAGCCACGACACACGCACCAGCCACGACCACGAACGAGCGGCGACCCGGUUUCGGCGGAAAGUGUUGCGGUCGAUUAGUCUGUGGUUUUGUGAAGCUGUUUGCAUGAGGGUUUAGGUGUUGUUUGUUGUGUCUUUCUCCCCGUUUGGAGAGCGGAAGUCAAGAACCUUACCCCCCACGGGCAGGAGGUUGACCUUUGCGAUGGGAAGGAUUCCGAUGACUCCGUUGUUUGUGUAAUUGCGGAAUGAAGUUCAUCCUUAAAGUAAAUAUUCAUUCCGACUAGAACACUAAUGACACCGUUCGCCGUGUUGUUAUCAGGCUGUGUGUUGUGACUUGGACGCUAGUUAGACGACACACGGUGUUGCUCCAGAGCGGUGUAAUGUUUCGCAAACAAUCGUAUCCGCUUCCAAGAAAGCUAGUAGUGUACUCUGUUGAUAGUGCAUCGUUCCUAUCGUUCGUGCUGCACAUCGGUCGGUGGUUUGCGGACGCUCAAAGGCUUUCGGUGCGACAUUACGGACCAAAACAUGUGUACGAAACUCGAUGAAACGUGCCGACCGUGAGUAAUGUGGCGUGUUUUUGUGUUGUCCGAAAGACUGAAGACUAAUGGAACAAUACCUGAAGAAAGAUGAAGCGAUGCCGCCAAUGCAGCAAAGAGAUUGCCCACUGCACCGGCGUCGAGACGUAGUAAAAGGUGCGAAAGAAAGCUGCUUGCAAACAGGAUUAAAACAAAAGUACAUCAAAACGGACGUCACUCCAGGCGCUAUCUGUCGGGUGGAAGGCAAUUUCGGACGCUGUGUGCACUUCAAGAACGAUCCAAAGUACCUGACGCUGCUGCUAAAGAGUACCCGCACGGAGCAGGAUGACUCAUACCUGCUGCGAUACGUUUGCGAUCGACGCAAGGGGUUAACGUGCCGGACUGGCUCGGUGAACGAUGAGGUUUGCGGCGUGCAGAUGGAAAACCGUAUCGUCGGUGGACAGCGCACGUCGAUCGAUCAGUACCCGUGGAUGGCGUUGCUGCAGUACAUCAACCAUCGCAAGGGCACGAAGCGAUUCGCCUGUGGAGGGGCACUGCUGAACCGGAAGUUUGUCCUCUCGGCGGCACACUGUUUCGUGCGGCUUCCUGCAGGUGUUGAGCUACACAAAGUGCGACUGGGCGAAUGGGACACCGAUUCCGACAUUGACUGCGAAGAUUUGGACGAUGAGCUGUCCUGUGCAUCUCCGGUGCAAGACUUUGACUACGAGCGCAUCAUCAUCCACGAAGGUUACACCGGGAAUCACGCGGAUCGCGACAAUGAUAUUGCACUGAUCGAAUUGAGCGGGUCGGCGAAGUACAACGACUUCGUAAAGCCAAUCUGCCUGCCCGAGCCGGGCACACCGAACAGAGAGAAGCUGUACUUUGGCAGCAUGUGGGCCGCUGGAUGGGGCCGAACGGAAACUGCUUCUGGAAGUCGCUUUAAGCUGUACGUACCGCUGGAUCUGUUCGAUCUGCAGUCUUGCAACGAGACGUACCAAAGGCGGGUGAAGGUUCCGCUUACCGAGACGCAGUUCUGUGCGAUGGGAACUCCGGGGAAGGAUACUUGCAAUGGAGAUUCCGGCGGACCGCUGAUGAAGACGAUGAAAACGCUGCACUAUGUUGUUGGAGUUGUGAGUUUCGGACCGCAAAGGUGUGGCAGUGGCAUCCCGGCUGUUUACACGCGCGUGGAUAAGUUCUACGACUGGAUCGUAGGUCAUAUGGUGGAGUUUGAGAAUUGAGUCUUGUAAGCUCGUUGCGAUUAAAGGUUAACUGUCGUGAUUCAAA